GCAGCAAGAUGUUUGAGAAAGUGGUGCUGGUUGUUGCCUGCACGUUGGCCGUACAGGUUUCAUCGCAGUAUCAGGAUGCAGGUGACCCAUCUCACCCAGAGGCCGUAUCCAGAGUCGUGGAAAGACUAAUAUAUGUCCCCAUUGCGGAACUCCUCGCUUUGCGGAAAAGAGGUGCAGGAAUGCCACGUCCAGAUCCCGAUUCCAGGAUCAUGAAGAGAGAAAACGAGGUUCCCCUUAUGGAACGCCUCGUCCUUCUGAGAAGGGAGCCCGAAUCCGGCAUGAUGGAGAGAGAAAGUGGGCCCGAAUCCGACGUAAUGGAGAGAGAAAGUGGGCCCGAAUCCGACAUGAUGGAGAGAGAAAGUGAGCCCGAAUCCAACGUAAUGGAGAGAGAAAGUGGGCCCGAAUCCGACGUCAUGGAGAGACAAAAUGGGCCCGAAUCCGUAGGCAUGUUACCAAAAAGGUUCACGUUGAUGGAUAUCCACGAUCUGGCGACUAGGGAUGCAGGCACGCAAAGUCCACAGCACGAAUCCGGCAUCGCGGAGAGACAAGCAGGACCACCCGAGAUGGAUUCCUCCAUGAUGCCAGGCAGCAACAUCAAUCGGAAUGAGGUCGUUGUGAGCCCCAAAAUUAUGGUCAGGGCGAAGACGAGCAGAAAAUAAGGCUGAGAUGUAUGAUUUUCUUGUCCCUUAUCACAUAGUCUCAGAAGUUUUCUGAAAACUAAUUUGAAAGGAAUUAUACAAUUUUGUGAAGAUGAAAU